GCACCGGUAACGUUGUAGUAACGGGUGGAGGCGGUGUGUGUGUGAGGGUGUGUGUGUGUGUGUGUCGGUGCAGCAGAUGCUGCAGCUCUCGUGCACAGCGCCUCUCUGUCUCCAGUGCGCCUGCGUGCUGAAACACACACCGAGCGGCCGCAGGAGACACUGAGAGGGGAUACCCGGCCUGCGUGGGCUCCACGGUACCAGUAACGGCACCAGUAACGGUCCCGGUAACAGUGACGUGAUGUGAUGCGAUGCCGCGCGGGAUCACGGUAACGUAAGCGCAGCAGCAGCGGCGGAGGAGGAGGAGGAGGAAGAGGAGCAGGACGGACGGUCGAGGCUGAGCCGAGCAGGAUGCAGCACUGACGGUCCGAUCGGUACCGGGAGGAGAGGAACGCAUCCCACCGAGCGAGCACCGGAGCCCGCGGCUGGUACCGACCCGAUCUGAUGUGAGGCUGCGGGGAUGGACGGGUAGCAGGGAGGCGGAGCGGACCGACCGAGCGACGGCACAUAACGGAGGAGGAAGAGGAGGAGGAGGAAGAGGAGGAUGAAUCCGGCUGAGGGAGGAGGAGAAGCGGGCCAGGACGGCCUGGCGACGGCAGGUUCUGGUAAAGCAGAGACUGUUCGGGCCGUGGAUGUCCUGACGGUGCUCAGAGAGAAAGUGGCCUUUGUAUCAGGUGGAAGAGACAAACGAGGCGGACCAAUUCUUACCUUUCCAGCAAGGACCAAUCACGAUCGAAUAAAACAGGAAGAUCUCAGCCGACUGGUCACCUACCUGUCAACAGUUCCCAGUGAGGACGUUCGAGCUCGUGGCUUCACCGUUGUGGUGGACAUGCGCGGCAGUAAGUGGGACAGCGUGAAGCCAGUGCUCAGGACGCUACAGGAGUCGUUUUCCUCCAACAUCCACACAGCACUGCUCAUCAAACCCGACACCUUCUGGCAGAAACACAAGACCAACCUGGGCAGCGCCAAGUUUAGCUUUGAGACCAGCCUGGUGUCAGUGGAAGGACUCUCCCGGCUCAUCGAUCCCUCCCAGCUCACGGCGGACCUCGGCGGCUCUUUGGAGUACGAUCACGUGGAGUGGACUGAGCUUCGUCUGGGACUUGAAGAAUUCUCUGGAGCUGCAACGCAACUUCUGGCUCAGUUGGAACAGCUGGAGGCCGGCUUGAACCGCAUACCAGAGCCGAAAGACGUGGACGAGGCCCGCAAACUUCUAGAGGAACACAGUCGUCUCCGGAACACGAUCGCCACCGCACCAGUGGACGCCCUCGACAGAGAGGGGAAGAGCUUGCUUCAGCGAAUGCGCCUGGGCCCCUCACAUGGUGACGGCUCCACUGAGGGCGGGGGCGGAGGUGGAGGAGGCGGAGGCAGCGGCGGCGGCACCUGGCUAUCAGGGGGGGCCGAUUUCCAGAGUGUAGCCCCAAAGGUUUCCUCUCUGCUGGACCGGCUGCAGGCAGGUCGCACCCACCUGCUCCAGAGCUGGAACGACAAAAAGCUGCACCUAGACCAGGGUCUCCAGCUGCACCUGUUUGAGCAGGACGCCACCAAGAUGUCGGAGUGGAUCGCCCACAGCAAAGAGCUCUUCAUGCAGAGUGUGGCAGAAGUCGGUCAGAACCACCAGCACGCUGUCGACCUGCAAACACAACACCAGCACUUCACCGCCAACUGCAUGAACGGGAGCAUAAACGUGGACAGCGUGGUCACCGUGGCAGCACGACUCGCCGAGGCCGGCCACUACGGAGCGGAACGCAUCGCCAUGGUGUCGUCACGGUUACAGGAAGACUGGAAGGCCUUGACGACCGCCCUGGAGGAGCGCAGCAACACGCUUGCCAUGGCAACUGGCUUCCACCAGGGGGCAGAGCAGUUCCUUCUGCGGGUGGAGGGUUGGGUGAAGACAUGCUCUGAUGGUCCCUUACCGACUGCAACAGCAGAGCUGGAAGCUGCGACUAAAAAGCACCAGGAGCUAAACGAGGAGAUAUCUGCCAACUACACGCAGGUCAGUGAAAGUGGAAAGGCCUUAAUGGACGUCCUCCAGCGUAACGGCAGCAGUGAGUCUGAAGAGUCGGCAGCCAAGCCAGACUUCGCCCCGGCCACGCACACCAUCAUGGGAGUUCUGCACCAGGUGAUGCAGGGUCAUCAUGAUGUGGAAGGAGCCUGGCAGCACAGGAAGCUCCGCCUCCACCAGCGCCUGCAGCUCUGCGUGUUCCAGCAAGACGUUAAACAGGUGUUAGACUGGGUGGAGCAGCAUGGAGAGGUUUUCCUCAACAAACACACCGGGGUGGGGAAGUCCCUGCACCGGGCGCGGGCGCUGCAGAAACGGCACGACGACUUCCAGCAAGUCGCUCAGAACACCUACACCAACGCAGAGAAGCUUCUGGAGGCGGCCGACCAGCUGGCCCAGGCCGGAGAGUGUGAGGAGGAGGAGAUCUACCAGGCGGCCCGAGACCUGGAGCUGCGAAUGCAGGCCUUCAUCCAGCGUGUGGAGCAGAGGAAGCUGCUGCUGGACCUCGCUGUGUCCUUCUACACUCACACUAAGGAGCUGUCGGUGUGGAUGGAGGGCCUCCAGAAGCAGCUGACCUCUGACCUCUUGGUGUGUCCAGACACGGUGGAGGCGCUGCAGGCUCUGAUCAGCCAGCAGCAGCAGCAGCAAGCCAACACACAGGAAGCUGCGAUGAGUGUCAUCCGGGAAGGAGAAGACCUCAUCCUGCAACUCAGGCCCCAGGGCAGCUCGGUGGCCCAUGUGGAGUCGGUGUUGCAGCAGUUGGAGGAGUCCCACACUCAGCUGGAGGAACUUUUCCACCAGAAGAAGAUCAGACUGGACAUUUUCCUGCAGUUCCGCAUACUGCAGCAGUGCACCCUGGAGGUAACUGGGGAAAUGGAGGCCUGGAAACAGGACCUCCAAAAGCAGUCCCAGGACUUCUCGUCUGAGAAGCUAACGUCUCCACGGCUAGCUGAUGCUAACCCGGAGCAGCUAGCCCAGGACAAGCUAGCCCUGGGCCAGUCUCGCCUGGCAGAGGCCACACCUGAGGCGCUGACUUUGGCUCAACAGCGUAUCCACAGGCACAUGGAGCGAAGGCUGGCGAUGAACAAUAUGAUCUAUGAGGUGAUCCAGCAAGGUCAUGACCUUCAGCAGUACAUCACAGAGGUCCAGGCAUCAGGUAUGGAGCUGUCCGAGGCGGAGGGAGGCCUGACGGCGCAGGUGGAGGAGCUGCAGCGCCUCCUGCAGGACAAACAGAAGGAACUGCAGCAGAUCGCUGACCACACACACACAUACCUGGAGCAAAACCUGCAGCUCAGACACCUGCAGAGCCAGGUCAAACAGGUGCUGGGCUGGAUCUCUGAGGGGGAGAUGAAGCUGUCCUCCUGCAUGCUGAACUCCAGCUGUCUGUCUGAAGCCGAGCAGCUGCAGCGGGAGCAUGAGCGCCUCCAACAGACCAUCGAGGCUCUGCUGCAUGCAGACUCCCUGCAGAGAACCCACCAGGUGGCGCUGGCUCUGCAGCAGCGAGCCGAGCUGCUCGUCAGGUCAGGCCAUUACGACCCGGAUGCAGUGAGGGCCUGCGCCCAGACGGUGGCGCUGCACUGGCAGACGCUGAUGCUGAGGAUCGAAGACAGACUGAAGCUGGUCAACGCGUCCGCCGCUUUCUACCGGACGUCCCAGCAGGUGUGUGGCGUCCUGGAGAGUCUGGAGCAGGAGUACCGCCGGGAGGAGGACUGGUGUGCAGGAGGAGAGCGGCAGCCGGAGCAGCUGCUGCCGCUCAUCAGCAAACACAUGGAGCAGAAGGAGGCUUUCCUGAAGGCGUGUACGCUGGCCAGACGCAACGCGGAGGUCUUCCUCAAGUACAUCCAUCGAAACAGCGUCACCAUGGCCAACAUCUCUGGCCACAACGUCACCGUCUCCGCGGUGAUGGGGGUCACCGAGGUCACCAGGCACUCCAGAGUGCCGGAGCAGCAAGUCAAAGGAAUCCUCAGCGAGCUUCUCCAGAGAGAAAACAGAGUUCUUCAUUUCUGGACGCUGAAGAAACGCAGACUGGACCAGUGCCAGCAGUACCUGAUGUUCCAGAACCACGCCCAGCAGGCUCUUGAAUGGCUGCAGCAGUCAGGUGACCAUUACCUGGCCACGCACACGUCACCGGGGGCAACGGCGGCCGAAACGCAGGAGCUGCUGAACCAGCACAGAGAGUUCUGCGUUUCUGCAAAGCACACACAGGAGAAGGUUCACCUGCUGAUCCAGCUGGCUGAGAGCAUGCUGGCUAAAGGCCACGCCCACCGCGCCGAGCUGCGCCGCUGCGUUUCGGCGGUGGACAAGCGUUACCGCGACUUCUCGGUCCGGAUGGGUCAGUACCGCCACCUGCUGGAGGCCGCACUGGGCAGCAGCUCUCAGGACAACAAGGACCUGGAGCUGGAGCUCAUCCCCAACAGCCUGUCGGACUCGGACCCUGAGGUCAACCUGUCUGACCCGAGUCACCAGGUCAGCGACGAGAAGAGGCGUUCCGCCCGCAAGAAGGAGUACAUCAUGGCCGAGCUCCUCCAGACUGAGAGAGUUUACGUCAGAGACCUGCAGGAAUGCAUCGAGACGUACCUGUGGGAGAUGACCAGCGGCUCGGAGGAAAUCCCACCUGGACUCACCAACAAGGACGACGUCGUGUUCGGAAACAUCCAGGACAUCUACGAGUUUCACAACAGUAUCUUCCUGAAGGAACUGGAGAACUACGAACAGCUCCCAGAAGACGUGGGGCACUGCUUCGUUACCUGGGCUGAUAAGUUCCACAUGUACGUGACGUACUGCAGGAACAAACCGGACUCCAGUUUACUGAUCCAGCAGCAUGGAGUCGGAUUCUUCGAGGAUGUCCAGAGGAGACACGGCCUGGCCAACUCCAUCUCCUCGGCUCUGAUCAAACCAGUGCAGCGGAUCACCAAGUACCAGCUGCUGCUGAAGGAGUUGCUGGCCUGCUGUGAGGAGGGCAAAGGUGAGAUUAAAGAAGGCCUGGAUGUGAUGCUGAGUGUCCCAAAGAGAGCCAACGAUGCCAUGCAUGUCAGCAUGCUGGAAGGUCUGGAGGAAGGCCUGGAGGUGCAGGGCGAGCUCCUCCUGCAGGACACCUUCCUAGUCUGGGAGCCCAAAUCUCUGAUCCGGAAGGGCCGGGACCGGCACCUGUUCCUGUUCGAGCUGUCCCUCAUCUUCAGCAAGGAGAUCAAGGAUUCCUCUGGACGCACCAAGUAUCUGUACAAGAGCAGGCUGAGGACGUCAGAGCUGGGCGUCACAGAGCACAUCGAGGGGGAUCCAUGUAAGUUCGCCCUGUGGGUCGGACGAACGCCGACGUCCGACAACAAGACCGUCCUGAAGGCGUCUUCCUUGGAGCUGAAGCAGGAGUGGGUUCGCAGCAUCCGACAGGUGAUCCAGGAGAGGCGGGGUCACCUGCGGGGGGCGCUGCGGGAGCCCAUCCCCCUGCCCAAAACCCCCAACCCGACCCUGGGCCGGCAGCGCAGCAUCACCCGCAGGGAAACGAGCGAAGACGCAGACAGCCUGGGCGACGCCAGCAGCCAGCCCGACACCGUCUCCAUCGCGUCCCGGACGUCGCAGAACACGGCCGACAGCGACAAGCUGUCUGGAGGCUGCGAGUUAGUGGUGGUGCUGCUGGACUUCACCAGCGGCGGCCCCGGGGAGCUGAGCGUCCGCUGCGGUCAGACGGUGGAGCUGGUGGAGCGCUCUGCAGACCGGCCCGGCUGGUGCCUGGCCAGAACCACGGACCAGAACCCUCAGCAGGAGGGGCUGCUGCCCAUGAGCGCCCUCUGCCUGUCACACUCCCACAGUGCGGCCGACAUGGAGGGGCUCGUCACGGCCUCCACCUCCACCACCGCCUCCACCACCACCACAACCACCUCCUCUGUCUGCAACUCCUCUUCCUCCUCCUCCACCACCAACACCACCACCUCCUCCUCUGCUGGGAGCACUGGGAGGGAGUCCAGUCUGUGCAGCUCUGACGGUUCAGGUCUUCAGAUUCAAACCAGCAACCAAAGCGUCACUUCCCCGACUGUGUUUGGCGUCAGUGGACCACCGGGGGGCACUGUGGGGUCUCCAGGUCCGAAACGCACCAGUUCUGGAACUGGAAACACUCUGAAGCGUUGGCUGACGAGUCCCGUCCGAAGACUGAGUCAAGGAAAAGCCGACGGACAGAAAAAGCCCACAAUCAGAACCAGGAGGAGGGACAACAGGUCCGAUGUGGCCACGCCCUUCCCUGGGAACUCGCAGGCGAAGGCGAAGAAGGAGGAGGCGGGGCAAAGUGGAGGAGAGGAGGAGCCUGAAGAGGAAAGCCACACCCCUCUGCCACCGCCCAUGCAAAUCAUCAAAGACCCCAACAACCCGGAGGCUUUGGACUCGGAUCAGGGAUCCAAUGAAUCGGACACAGAGCAGCGAAAUAAAGCACUGAGGGGGCGAAUGUUUGUUGUAAACGAGAUGAUCCAAUCAGAGAAGGACUACGUGAAGGACCUGGGUGUGAUCGUCGAGGGCUUCAUGUCCAGGCUGGAGGUCCGAGGGAUUCCCGAAGACAUGAGAGGCAAAGACAAGAUCGUCUUCGGAAACAUCCAGCAGAUCUACGACUGGCACCGCGACUUCUUCCUGGUGGAGUUGGAGCGCUGCGUCCAAAACCACGACCUGCUGGCCGACCUCUUCAUCAAACAUGAGCGCCGACUGCACAUGUACAUAGUUUACUGUCAGAACAAGCCAAGGUCAGAGUUCAUCGUAAUAGAGUACGAGACUUUCUUUGAGGAGAUCCAGCAUGAAAUCAGCUGCAGGAUGUCCAUCAGUGAUUAUCUGAUCAAACCCGUCCAGAGAAUCACAAAGUACCAGCUGCUGCUAAAGGAUUUCCUGAAGUACACAACCAAAGCUGGUCUGGACUGUGAAGAGGUGGAGAAAGCAGUGGAGUUAAUGUCGCUGGUUCCUAAACGCUGCAACGACAUGAUGAACCUGGGACGCCUGCAGGGAUACGAGGGGAAGCUGACGUCUCAGGGGAAGCUGCUGCAGCAGGAAACCUUCUGUGUUUGGGAGCAGGACGGCGGCGUUUUGUCCCGCAGCAAAGAGCGACGAGUCUUCCUGUUCGAGCACAUCGUCAUCUUCAGCGAACUGCUGCGAAAAGGCUCCAACAACCCCGGGUACCAGUUCAAAAACAGCAUCAAGGUGAUCUACCUGGCCAUGCAGGAGAGCGUGGACGGAGACCCCUGUAAGUUCGUCUUGUGGUCCCGUGGGUCAGCGGAGCGUUUCACGCUGCAGGCUUCCUCCGCCAGCAUCAAGAUGACCUGGGCGGAGACCAUCGCCACCCUGCUGGACGCCCAGAACAACUUCCUGUCAGCUCUCCAGUCGCCUAUCGAGUACCAGAGAAAAGAGGCCGGGAUCUCCGUGACCCGGCCGCUGUCGUCAGGGCGACCGCCCUCGACCCCGCCCACCCCCAACGGCCACGCCUCUCAGCCUACUCCGGACAGCGAGCAAGACGACCAGGAGCUGGUUCUGGUGGUGCAGGACUUCCUGGCGGUUCGGGAAGACGAGAUCACAGUAUACCGAGGAGAGAAGGUCCAGAUCCUGUCGUCCAAUCAGCAGGGUCAGAGCCUGGUGUACCGGCCGGCCAACACAGAAUCGCCUGCUGCCGAGGGAUGGGUGCCACGGAGCGUGCUUAACACACCCUGAUACACACACACACACACACUGACUGAGGUCAGAGUCGGGUUUACGCUUAACACACACACAUCCCUACACACGCACACACACCUGCCCCCUGCAGGCCAACAGGGUGAACAGCACUGAGGGAAAUCCAGAGAGAAACUGAAGAAGAAUAAUGAUGAUCAGCUGCUGACCACAAACUCUGAUUGGAUCAGGACAAAAAUCAAUAAAGCUAUCAAUACAGUUAUCAGAUGAGUUAUGUUCACAUGUGCCUUAGUUACGACUUUAUUUGGAUUAAUGUAAUGUUGAAGGAUUUAUUUCUGCUUUUUCUUCCCUUUGUAUGUUAGACUUUAUUUACUGAACUUUCUUUCACUGAUAUCGAUAUUAAAUUCCAACCAAUAUUUUACCAAAUUUAAGAAAAAAAUAAAUUAACUCUGCAAUGUUUUACUUAGGAGGAAAAAUCAGUUUCAUUAACUUAUUUCAUCUUUAUUCAGUUUUAGAUGAUAUCCAGCCUCUUCUGGAUUAAACCAAUUUAAACUAAUAAUCCGGCUCUUAAGCGUCUAAUUGGACUUUAUCACCAUAAAUCAAAGGAAAGAGAAGUUCAUUUGCAUAAUUCAGUCUUAAAUCUUUACUGGUACAGAGUUGACAUCAUCGUCCUUCAGGCUCCUGGUGACAGUUCCCACACACACACACACACCCACACACACACGCACAACACACACACACACUCCCAGCAGCGGCUAAUGCUAGCCUCUCUCCUGGUGCUUCAUCUCGUCCAAUCAGAUGCUGCCGUCAGCCUGGCAGCAGCCAAUCACACUCCCUCAAACUGUUUACUGCGGGUCGGCGGGAGGAAUGCCUCACCCGGCUGGGCGGGGCUACAGGAAGCUGCCGUUGCCUGGCAACCAGAGACAGUAUUUAAGAAAAAAUAAAAGCCUCCAGAAGAAGGAGGCGUGAAGACCCGUCAGCCAAUCAGAACUGAGCUGUCAGUACUGAUUGAGCCGUCACGUUUAUAGUGUGUAUAAAGACUGAGGACACACACACACACACACACACACCCUGCUACGAUGAAGAUUACCGACACGAUAAUUAUGAGAUUUAGACUCGGAUUUUCUCCUCCGUCCAGAGGAAACAAGAGAAACUGUCAUUAAUAUCAGUGUGUGUGUGAGAGUGUGUGUGCUUGUGACGCCGUCCUCUGCGUGUGUGUGUGAGAGAAAAAAAGAGAGAGAGAAUGUGUGUGUGUUUUUCCACAGAAAGUCGCGGUGUAGCGUAGCCAUGACGACUUGUGUUUACGGUGACGCCAUUUUUACUUCGAUUACUUUUGAUUUUGGAGGGGUUUUUUUUUUGUGGACCGCCUGCAGCGACGGUUGCCUCGGCAACGGCCUGUUUGGAUAUUCUGAUUAUGCAUCGCUCGUUUCUGUAAAUAGACCAGAAGUCCAGAAAAGCAACUCCACACGCCGUGGACGUCAUCCGUCUCUCAUCCGCAGCAGCCCUCCACACACACACGCCUGUCUGUCCCCGUCCUCCUGUCUGUCCCCGUCCCUCAACCCGUCCACGUCCCCAUCUCUGGGUUUCUCUGGUGCCAUUCUCAGACAACACCCCGGUCCUUAAGGAGCUCUGCAGGUCGCUCGGCAUGAAACAAGCGCACAGUCCCCGGUUUAAGGUGGAACACCCUGUUGUGAAGGGUUUAAGGUAGAAUGCUUGGUUGUUUCCAGUCUAUUUUAAUUCGGCUCCUGUCCCUCAUCUCAUUGGUUCCUCUGCAGUUACAGAUUAUUACCUCCACAGCUUACAGGACACUUUCCAGAGCGAAUAAAUUAUCUUUCAAUUAAACGUUAAUUGCAGACAAAACUAGCAACAUCUUCCAUUUUUGCUGCUAAAUUAUUGACUAAAAUGACUUACUGACUUAUUCAGGUUCUUCAAUCAGCAGAUUGGUGCUACAUGCUAUUCUAGUCACUCAACAUGUCAGUGCUAACUGCUACAUGUUAGCAUUAAGAGGCUAUUUUAUGUGAGCAUAGCUUCACUGCUAGGCUAGCUCCUUUUAGCACAACUAAACAGUGUCUUUUCCAGAUUUUGAAGCAGAAAUGAACCCAGUGGGUCAAAAGAAACAGAAAUCAAGGAUUACCUUUUAUAACUUCCAUUUCUGGAACUUGCAUUGUUGGUUUAAACGCUUACAGGUCAGGAGAAAGUUAAAAGUGCUUGGUCAUCGUUUUAAAACAGUCGGGUAACCGUUCAGUAUAUUUCAGUAAUGAAACCUCAAAGUUACGUUUGUGGAAAGUAACUUCUAAUUUCACAGUAGCCUCUAAAUCUUGGGAAAGAAUUAACUGCUGCUGAGCAUUUUAAUGAACUGCAAUGGUAGAAAGUUGUAGUUUAUAUUCAGUGUUGAGGUGGCUCUGUUUGAUCCAUCAGAGGAUCUGAAGGGAGAAUUCGACCUUGCUUCAAGGGCGUUCAGGCAGAGUUAAAAUAGACUUGAAAAAGACUGACGUCUCGCCACGACCAGCUCCAGGCUGCAGUUUAUCACAUUCCAGCGGCUGCAACAACACCACGACUUUUAUGCAACAGAAAAACUGUCAAAUAAACCAACGAAUCCAACAGAAUCUGCUUGGAUCGCACCGAUAAUCUACGACUUUAUCAUGACACAGGAAACAUGAGAUCAGCCAACAGCUCUUCUUUACGACGUCCUUUCAAAGCUUUUAGUUUAAUUGUAAAAAUUAACGACUAGAAACCAAGAUUUUCAGUGACUGGUUGAUGCUGUCAUGUGUGAUGCACUUCAAUGUGAUUCAAUGCUGAGUUCAAGUUCUGUAGGAGCUGUCGUAAUUAUCAGUUUUACCUAAAAACAUGCUGCUGGAGUUAAAAAAAAAACAAAACAAUCCAAUCAGACAGUAAGCAAACCAACCCUAAACGUCUCUGAUCCCACACAACCUGAACUCUGGUUUUAA